AUGUCGUCGGCUCCAGUAGCCCAACCUGCCUGCACUAGAAAAGCUGUGAGUGAGGAGACUCUGUCGCUACCACAGGAAAGAGCAAUGUCCACGACGCAUGUCUUCGACAAGGCCCACCCAGUCCAUUGGAUCGUCGACUGGGACGGUACCAUCACUCAAAAGGACACCCUGGACACUCUCGUCGGCAUUGCCGCAUCCACGAAACCCGCGGUUCCCACUCUGCAUCACUGGCAGCGCCUCUCGAAAGCCUACAUGCGUGAUUACACAGCCACCCUAAAGCAGCUUGUCCCAGAUGGCGCCUUGCCCAAUACAGUCCAAGAAGAGAAACAGCUCUUGAAACAACUAAAGGACGUAGAAGCCCGUAGUCUCAGUCGCGUAUCCUCGUCUGGUAUAUUCGCAGGCCUGACCAGCCACGUCAUAGAAACAGGCGCACACCAGGCCAUUACCUCCCGCCAGGUACAGCUACGCGAAGGUUUCUCUUCUUUCUAUCAGAGCAUUCAAUCUCAGGCGCAUCGCAGCUUCAUCAUCUUAAGUGUCAACUGGUCCCGCCACUUCAUCCAAUCCUGCCUUGGAGCUUCAGGAUCUACAGUACCCUCGCAUGCCAUCCUUGCCAACGAACUCGAUAGCCUGUGCUCUGAUGAGCCUUCCACAGGCCAGAUCGUACCAAUUGAUAAUGCUGAUGGAGACCUCAUCAUAUCAAGUGGCGAUAAAUUUGAACGCAUGCAGGCUAUAAAGGGGCAAAAGAUCUAUAUAGGUGAUAGUUGGACAGAUAUCGAAUGUCUACUUGCGGCAGACUUUGGUAUUUGCAUGCGUGACGAUUCUAUGGGGACAUCACAGAAGCAACUCGCCGAUGCAUUGAACAGGUUGGGAAUACCAUGCCCGAGACUGAGAGACUGCCAUGGGCUCAGCAACAGUCGUGUUGCAUGGGCAACUGAAUUUGCUGAGAUUCAAGACUGGAUAGAGAGCAAGUCAACUUAAGCCUCCAUUAAUUAUACAUAACCAAAGUAGACAGAUUAAUCUUAGAAGACAAAUUCAUAAGUUGACGCC